GACGAAAAGAUCCGAAAGCGCAGGCGUAUUCGGAUCUUUUCGUCACUAAUCGUUGAUUCGCUAUAUUGGAGGCAGGAGUUUGUGCGUAAACAGUACGAAGUGCAAGCUUGUUUACUCUUUUGCGAAGUGCAUAUCCUGUGAUCACGUCUCUCAAUUUCAUUAAUUGGCUGUAAUUAUUUCUUCUAAUUUUGUAGAAUUCUAAAGUAUAGAUUAAAACAUGGGUUUCGUGCUGCCAAAAAAUUAUUUAGGAACACUCUUUCGAUUAUCAGGGCAACCGUUACUGAAGAAAACAGUUGGCAUCAGGUCAAUCUCAAAUGGAUAUCUUUUGUCUGAUACUCACAAAAUGCUUCAGAAGACUUCUCGAGAAUUUGCUGAAAAAGAACUGCAGCCUGUAGCAGCUAUGAUUGAUGAGAAAAAGAUAUUUCCUAAAGAUCAAAUAAAAAAGUUAGGAGAACUUGGUAUGCUUGCCAUAUCUACACCUGAAAAAUAUGGAGGUGCUGGUUUAGAUUAUUUAGCUUAUGCAAUAGCUAUGGAAGAAGUAUCUAGAGGCUGUGCAUCUUGUGGUGUGAUCAUGAGUGUCAAUAAUUCUCUGUAUCUUGGUGGUCUUCUGAAAUUUGGAACUGAGGAUCAAAUAAAAAAAUAUGCUACACCCUUUACAAGUGGUGACAGAGUUGGCUGCUUUGCUUUAAGUGAACCAGGGAAUGGUAGUGAUGCAGGUGCUGCAUCAACAACAGCUACAUUAGAAGGAGAUUCUUGGGUUUUGAAUGGAACUAAAGCCUGGAUAACAAGUGGUUAUGAAGCUGAAGCAGCUCUAGUGCUUGCUACAACUGAUAAAGCUCUGAAGCACAAAGGAAUAAGUUGUUUCAUUGUUCCUAAACCAACCAAUGGUCUCACAUUAGGCAAAAAAGAAAACAAAUUGGGUAUUAAAGGAUCAUCAACUUGUAACUUAAUUUUUGAAGAUUGUAAAAUUCCAAAAGAAAACCUCUUAGGGAAGCUAGGAGAGGGAUUUAAAAUUGCAAUGACCAUUCUUGAUGCUGGAAGAAUCGGUGUUGCAGGGCAAGCAUUGGGAAUUGCACAGGCUGCCCUUGAUUGUGCUAUUCAAUAUGCUUCACAAAGAUUAGCUUUUGGAAAUCCUAUACUUAGUAAACAAGCAAUACAGAUGAAACUGGCUGAUAUGGAAACAAGAUUAGAAGCUGCUCGUUUGCUAACAUGGAAAGCUGCCAUGUUGAAAGAUGCUGGACAAAAUUUCACAAAGGAUGUUAAAAAAUAGAUUGCUAAAGCUGCACUUGAGCUAUUGGCUACAUUUUAGAGUGGGCUUAGAAGAUGCAACUGCGCAAUCUGAUUAAGCACUCUCUUUACAGCAUUAUUGGAAAUGAUUAUCACCUUCA